GGCCAUCGGGCGGGGAAUGUCGUUUUUAGUCGUUUUGAGAAUUGCGGUAGAAUAAACGUUAGUUAUUGUUCAUCGUAUUUUCCGGCCGUAUUUAAUAAAAAUGUUCGCGCAAUAAAAAUGCCAAGUGAAUACUGCUUUCUCUAUUACUGUAAUAUUGAAAUGGAUUUUUUUAGAUGCUGAUAGACAGUGUAUUAAGUGCUAUGAUACAAUCCUAGCGCAGCUCCAACCCUCGAAACUAGUCGAUAUUAUGUGGCCGGGACGCGAAAAAGACAUACUUUUAAAUUAUGAUUCCGAUGGUGUAUACAGUGUAUGGUUUUGCGAUUUUCUUUAUGGUCGCGUGGGUGUGUUUGUGGCUAAUUCAUAUAAUGGCCUUUUCCUAUUCAAAGUGGAAACUACAUCGGACUGUAGACCGGUCUCCGCCGGAGCAACCACAUCCCGGUGUUUCGAUUUUAAAACCACUUACCGGAGUAGAUCCAAACCUGUUCUCUAACUUAGAGACGUUUUUCACAUUGGACUACCCAAUGUAUGAAAUUCUAUUUUGUGUCGAAAACGAGCAGGAUCCUGCUUUGAUGCUAGUGAACAGUCUUAUUCAUAAAUACCCCCGAGUGGAUGCAAGGUAUUUCAUUGGCGGAACGCGAGUCGGCGUUAACCCUAAGAUUAACAAUAUGCAUCCAGCGUAUAUGGCGGCUAAGCAUCCCCUUAUAUUAGUGAGUGAUUCUGGAAUUCGAAUGAGAGAUGAUAGUCUAUUGGACAUGGUGCAACACAUGAAGGAGGACGUGGCGAUAGUUCAUCAGAUGCCAUUCACGUGGGAUGCAGACGGCUUCGCUGCCGUCUACGAGAAAGUAUAUUUUGGUACGGCGCAGGCGCGGAUGUACUUGGGAGCAGAUUUCCUUGGCAUCAACUGUCACGUCGGAAUGUCGUCUCUUGUACGGCGCUGUGCGCUGGAGGAGGCUGGGGGUCUGGCCGCAUUUGGAGAGUAUCUGGCUGAGGAUUUCUUCAUGGCGAAAGCGGUAUUAUCCCGGGGGUGGCGGUUGCGUGUAGCAUCGUUACCUGCUCUUCAAAACUCGGGCUCCAAGUCGAUAGGCGGAAUGCAGGCGCGCCUUAAGCGGUGGGCGCGUCUCCGGAUAGCCAUGGUGCCAACUACGGCACUACUGGAACCUCUGAGCGAGUGUUUACCGCUGGGCGCAGGUGCCGCAUGGGCCGCUGGACAGCUCUUUGGUGCGGAACCCUUACCUUUCUUUCUCGUACAUAUGCUUGUGUGGUUUCUGUCAGACUGGCUCAUGCUCCGCUCAGUUCAAAAUGGGUCACCUCCAUUUACAAAAGUAGAAUUCCUCUUGGCCUGGGUGUGGAGUGAGUGUUGUGCACCAUUUGUGUUGGCAACAGCAGUGCUUAACCCAGAGAUUUCUUGGCGUGCUCGCAACUACCGGCUGGACUGGGGUGGCCGAGCACAUGAGCUCAAACCCAAACUCAAGUUCUGAGCAUGAUCACUUCAAUGAAAGCUUUAAUUUGGUUUUAAAAGAAGCAACCUUCAGUGCUACUGUUGAUGUGAGUUUAUAAUGAGUAUAUUAGGAUUAAGUUUGUAUUUUAAUUGCUAUUUAUAGUUUGAAAUGUAUGAUGAAUACUUGUUAUUCUUGUUUUAAAGAGUUUUGUAUGUUUAUAGAUUAAACAAAAUAUUUCAGCUGCUGUUUCCUACUUUGUGGUUCAUUGUUGUGAUCUGCGAUAAACUCAAGAGCCAGCUUAUUUAAAUUGAUGGAUAGGUCAUUGUCUAUACAAAUGCAUAUUGGCACACUACUCAUUGUGAUAUCAAAAAAAUGUAUGUAUUGAUGACACAUUCCGAUAGUAUUGCAUUGCUAAGGUCAGACAAAACAAGAUCAACAAUUUGCAGCUACAACAUUCAACACAACACUUAUUAGUUUAUUGUAUAUUAUAUUAUUACAGAAAAAACUAUGUUGUGAUAUUGUGAAUUCUUGUUAAAAGAGGUCUACUAUAUUAUUUAAAUUUUGAUAACUAUUUAAAUUCAAGGUUUGGGCUCUAUUUUAGUUUUUUACACUUGCCUUUAACAUUGCAUUCUAAAUUAAUUAAAAAUAUACAGGGUUGUACUAAACAUUUUUAAAUUACAUUUUGCUUAUUUAUUUCAUGUACCUUUGGACUGAAUGUUCAAACUUCCACCAAUUUGGCCUGAAGGGGACCAAAAACAGAAAAUAAUUAUUUUUCAAAUGUAGAAUAAAAGACAGAUUCCAUACAAUUUUGGACAAAUUAAUUUAAUUGAGAAAUAAAGACUGGUUAGCCGGCAUCCAGAGGUACUUCAGCCUUUUGUUGAGGGUUUAUCAUUAGAGUGCCAUGAAUAUUUGUAUUACAUAAAUUCUAGUAAUUCUGCCUUUGAAUACUAAUUGAAUGACCUAAAUUGCAACAUGCCUAGGGCUGCCAAGUGCUUCAAUUAUAAAUACAUAUUCACCCCUUAAUACUAAAGAAUUUCACAUUGAAUGGGUUAGCUUGAAAGUGACAUAUUUUCAUUCCUUUCAUUUGACAACCUUGUCUCAUAUACAUCACUUCAAUAUUUGUGCUACAAUUUAUAUAACUCAUUUGAUUUAAAAAAUCUGACCCAUAAAGCAAAAUUUUCCCAGUGAUAAAGUUCCCAUUAACUUUAUGUGCCUCCUACAUUGUUUCACUGUAUGGUGGGUACCCUGAAAUGAAAGAGUGUAACUGUUUUUGUUAUAACUUUUGUAAAGUAUUAUUUACGUCAAUGUACUUAGAAGUUUUGAGUUAAUGGCUCAUUAAAUUGUGAUUUAUAGCAUAAAAAUUCGCAUUCCACAUGCGUCGUUAUAGAUAAUGCUUGCACACCACUCUGGUGUGACGUGUUUAUGCUCCUAAAUAAAAGCUUGUACAGUUUUUAUAUAUUUAAAACAUCACAAAUGAUAUUGGAGAUUUAAAUUAUUCCCGUCUAUUUGAUAAUAUUGAACACCAAGUUGAAAACACAAACCCUAUGUAGUCAAAGCAUAAUAAUUAUUGAUUUAAAUGUCAAUUGUAUACAAUAAAGCCAUAAGUAUUUCAAUUAUAAAGCCUGUCACAUUUAAUAAAAAAAAAACUACAAGAAACUGUUUACAUUACAAUAGAUUUAAAAGCAAUGUCAUACCUGCCUGGUUAGAAAAUUUUAUAAACUGAUAAUACCUUAAUGUUAUGCAAUUACCCUCUGUCUAUUCUCUAUUAUCCAGUAUAUUAUAUCUAGUAUUUUUAUCAUUGAUAAAUAAUGGUUAUCACUAUUAAUUGUUGAAAAGUUGCCUUUCUGUUAUUGUUAUUUAUGCCAACAUGAUUUAUAGAACAACUUCCUACUCAUUUAUAUGUUUUUGAAAUGUACUUAACAAGAUAUGUAAUAUAUAGUUAGUCUUGUUAUAGUUGUUUCAAAAGAAUAUAAGAUAUAUUUUCGUGGUUUGAUACUUGAACCAUGCAGACAUCGGCAACUUUUUAUCCUAAUUAAAUAAGGCGAUGUGACGACAUCUUAUAUCACGUGAUUGUUACUAAAUUAUUUAAUGAUCAACUGAUUUUUAAUGAAAGAUAACAUACUAUUAUUUAAAGUUUGAAGGCGUCGGCACGACAGGCUGAUCCUAUUAAAAAACAAAAUUACGAAACAGACACAGAGGCGCAGAUCUGAAAAGAUUGCGUUGAUUAGUAAUAUAUUUUGUUUUAGUAAAAACCUUACGUGUUACACGAUUAUGAAUACCACAGAGGCUAAUUUGCUAAUGAUUGAUAAAUCUUACGUAUUUCAAAGAUUUGUUAUACGUUUAAAAUAAACCAGACGAUAUCAUUAUUGUUUUAUGGAUUAUUGUGACAGGCGAGAAUCAUUGUUUGUAUGGAUUAAUGUGCUCAAAACUUUUUAUUGUCAAUGUGUAAUUAAAAGUACCUGGAGGUUUUGUUGAAAAAGAAACCUUGUCAGUUUGACCUACGGCACCAUUUCAAUGGCAGCGUCAAUUGAUGCGUCUCGCAUAAUAUGAAAGUGAACUAAAAAUAUAUUUGCAAUAAAACCGUUUUAAAAGCGAACGUCUCGAAUUCUAAACCAAUAAUAGCGUUUAUCCCUGGUUACGGAUAAUUGGUAAUAAAAAUGGUUACCAUGGUAACAUACGAUUCUAUCUAUAGCCCACGAUUUAUAAGAGUAACGUGAAGUUCUUCCAUGUUAAAGUUUUCAUUUAAAACUAAAUAGUACUUGAUGCAAAUAAUACUUUCAUCGUAACAAGGAAACUAAUACUGCCCUUAAGAAGCAAACCACAAAGCACAUACAUAUAUAACAGUUUAUUACAUGUUUAAGGGCUGUAUCAAACAAGUUUUAUCGGUAAAUUACCCGCCUGACCUUGUAGGCUAGACUAGUUACGAACGUUGAACUCGGCGUUUUAAUAUAAAUAAAUCAGCAAAAAUCGAAGUCUGCUAAUAAAAUUAUAUUGAAAUUUAUUUGUUAUAAACAAACACAGGAAAAUAUUUUUUCUCCUCCAAAAGCAUAAAAUUUUUAUUCCAUGAUAAUGAUUUAUAUGGGGUUACCAUAUAAAAAUUUAAUUAUUAGGGGGGUUAAAGGGGGUUUAAUUAUUUGACUCAAAGUUUACCAUAGUUCAAACGUUCAUUCGUCUAACUUUUUUUAGCAUUCAAACCCAUAAACAAAAAAUGGGUACAAUUGUUAUUUACGCAUGGUUUAAUUAAAUUUUCAUUCAUACAAUCAUAUUUCACGUGUUAUUUACAGUUUGAGAAAAACUAACACAAUUUAUACUUGUUACCAUAUUUUCUGUGACAUCCUUAUAAUAUCGUUAAGAAGAUUUAGAAAUACCAGGUAAUUCAUAAAUCGAUAACAAUAUCAAUAUGAUAGUAGUCCUGAUAUGAAAGUGCGUAAGUACUAAAUUUAUGUGAUAUAUUGAUAUAUACAAUACGUCAAUAUCGUUGCAUGAUAGCUCUAUCAUCUAUUUUUGAAUUAGAUUUUUUUUAUAUUAAGUAUUAACAUUUAAGUAAUACAUCGCGAUAACAACUAAAUCUUUUAAAUCCGUAGUAGUAGUAUGAUUCGGUUAUUGAAUAAGUAAAAGAAAGUUAAUGCUAAAAUAUUUAAAGAUAAUUCGUCUUUGAUGUUAGCGUUACCGUGAAAAUUUGUAUUGGGUUUAAACCAUCUAUUUACGAUAAGCGUUAUCAUUUACGAGAAAUUGAUUUCAUAUAAUUCGUGUGAAUCAAAUUCCGAUAACAGCACGUUUUUGUAAACACCUCAACGACUGUUAUCCUCUAUUGAUAAGUCUUUGAAAAACCGUUCCGCAAAAGUCACUCGCCCUUAAAAACUAUCGACUAAAGUAAGGUUGGGAUACCACUAACAAAAAAGACGUUUAUUUAUUUUAUAAACGCGUUUGUUUGUGGAUCUAAAAUCGAUGUAGCAAAUACCAGAAUGAAAGUGUAAUUUUAAGUUUUGAGCACAUACAUUUUAUACACAAGAAAGCAUUAUAUUAGCAAUAAUUUUUAAUUAAUGUACAAGUUAUAUACUAAUUUUUAGUAAUCUUAGUAUGACACCAAUGUAAGUUCAUAUUUUUGAAGAUAACGAUUUUUUGUAUCUUUAGUUAUCCUUAAAAAUAAUGAAUUAAUUAGCAAUUUUAUUUUGUAAUUACUGACAUUUAGGAAUAACAAUAUUCACGACCUGUAUAUAAUAGGUAAGUACCAUUUUGGAAUCGGGACUAGGCCUAUCCAUACUAUGUAGCAUAAUAUUUAUUUCUGUGAUUAUUUUGAGCAUAAGUUGCGAAUGUACAAGUACACAAUGCUGCCAUGGAUGUUAUUUCGAUGCGCAAAUUUUUAUUUUAGUUUUACGAAUAUUAUUUUUAUUUUGAAAGUACAACAUUGGUUGUGAUUUUAAGCCGCUCGGUUGCUACAAAUGUUAUAAUUUUCGACUGUAUGAUCUUGAUGAUACAAUGCCGUUUUUUGUUAUAUUCGCUGAUUGUAAGGAAUCAAACUGCUCAUACGAGGUGUGAUCUAAGCUUAUACAGCCAAUAGUAAAUUCUUUAUAGUUUUCUUUAUUUCCCAAGUCUUCAGUCUGAAAUCAACUCGUAAAGUAAAUCCAGACGCUUCACGCUUCACUGCUCUAGACGCUUACGUAAAAUUUACAAAUAUUUGAUUCAUAGUGAAUGUUAAAUUUCUUCAUUUCAAUAUCUCAUUCAAUUAAAAAUUGGAAUUACAAUUCCUACUUCUUAGUAUAAAAUCAACAAAUUUUUGUAUCGUCUCCCUAAGUGCUAAGAAAUAUAGAUCAAUCAAUGCAAUAUAAUAUAUGACGUUAAGUUUGUGAUGAAAAUAUUAUUUUCUAGUUAAUUAAUAUAAAACAUUACAUAAGUUAGCCAAUCAUAAAUAAGUUUAGAUAAUUUGCCUCAGAGAUUAAGAUUAGAUUGCACUUCGUUGUUGAAGACUGCUUAAUAGAUACUGAUUUUCUAUUUAAUGUUUUAUUGGAUUAUUUGGUUGCCAUUUCAAGCGUAUUUCUUCCAGAAAUCAAAAGUUGUAUGAUUAUUCGAGUACUAAAAUUAAAAAUGAUUAUGUUACUUAAUUAAUCGAAUGAUUGAUACAAAUAAUAAUUCGAAUAACGUGCAAUUUAUUAAAUUACUUAUAGUUUAAUAAAAUAGAAGUGUAAUGCUGAAAGCAAUAUGAAGACAAUGGAAAAAGUACGCAUUUGUGUAUUGUAAAUUUGGCAAUAUUUUUCUUACCAGUGCCGGACUUAAUUUUUAAUGUAACAAAAAAGUGAUUCUACCUUACAGAUGUAACUCAUUGAGGCAUUGUAAAAGGAUAAUACCGAAGGAAAAAUUUGAAACGAAUAAACCACUUAAAAUA